AAAAUAAAAACAGCAUGGAUGUCGUGUCUUCUCGUCGCGGCUGAAAUCUUCAAAAUAGAUCGAUAUUUUCCUUUACAUUCUAAAUGAAAGUUCCUUUUGAUUAGUGUAUAAUUAAGUGCACCGAAUGCCUUCUGUGCUUAUCAUUGUAUAUUAUUUUUAUACAUUUAGCGAAGAGAUUGUUUCAUCUAUCUAAAUGAAAAAACCUGGGGUAUGAGCGCUGUGUAAAUUAUUUCAGUUUAAUAGAAUAUUAUGCUGAGAAAAUGAAGUGCCACUACGAAGUAUUAAACCUUACUAAAGAAUCAAGUGCGUCAGAAAUCAAAAAAGCAUACAGGCGACUAGCGCUUCAAUGGCAUCCAGAUAAAAAUUUGGAUAAUCUGCAAGAGGCGAAGGAACAAUUUCAACUAGUGCAGAACGCAUAUGAAGUACUUUCAGAUCCUCAAGAAAGAGCUUGGUAUGACAACCAUAGAGAGCAAUUACUGAGAGGAGCUGGCAGUUCGUACAAUGAUGACAGCCUCGAUGUGUAUCCUUACUUCAGCCCAUCUUGUUAUAAAGGCUUUGCUGAUGAUCCUCAGGGGUUCUAUGGUGUUUACUCUGAAGUCUUUUCAAAACUAGCAGCUGAAGAGACAGAUUUCCUAGAUGACCCAGAAGAAGUAACUAAAAUUCCCAAAUUUGGCAGCUCCUCUACUCCUUAUGAAGAUGUACAUGAAUUUUAUGCCUAUUGGAUGGCUUUCUCAACAAAUAAAAGCUAUGUGUGGUUAGAUCAAUAUGAGAUUCAGCAAGGUGAUAACAGAAGGAUUAUAAAACUAAUGGAAAAGGAAAAUAAUAAAAUAAGACAAAAAGCUAGAAAAGAAAGAAAUGAAGAGAUCAGGAGACUUGUAAGUUUUGUUCGUAGAAAGGACAAAAGAGUGAUUGAACAUACUAAACUUCUGCAAGAGAAAGCUGAAGAAAACAAACGAAAGGCAGAACAAGUAAGAAGAGAAAGAAUAAUACAAAGACAAAAGGAGAUAGAAGAGGCGAAAAAAAAAGAGGGUGAAAGCUCAUUUAUUCAUAGUGAAGAGUACCAGAAGAAGCUUAGUGAAAUAGAAUCACUACUAGCUGAAGAAUUUGGGUUGUCAUCAGAAGAUGAUACUAUAAGUGAGGGAGGAAUGGAAAGCAGCAAUGAAGAGAGUUCUAAGACUGAAGAGGCAAGUGAAACAUCAAAGGCAACAGCAAAAUCAUCAGCAAAGUCUAAAUCAUCCAUGAGGAAUCUCUAUUGUUCUGCAUGCAGUAAAUUAUUUAAAAAUAUUAAAUCAUUUGAAAAUCAUGAAAAUAGCAAGAAGCACAAAGAAAAUGUUGCCAAUAUGUCUAUGGAUGAAGAUAUAGGUAUUUCAGAUAAUGAAGAAGAAAACGAUGACGAGGUGGACAAUGUCCCAACCAAAGAUGUUGAGGAAGAGGAUGUCGUUAAUGGACAAUCUGAUGAUGUUAAGAUAGAUAACUCAACCUCAGAUAUUGAAGACAAUGAUAUAAGAGAAACUUUAAGUGAUGACUCAGAUCAAGUGCAGGCUUUGCCAAAAAGUCAUAAAAAGAAAAAGAACAAGAAGAAAUCCUUUAUACCAAUGCCAGAAAGUGAAGGUAAUGACAGCCAUGAUGAGAUGAGCUUCAAUGAAAUAGAGGGGCCUUCACGUAGCAGGAAAGCAAAAAAAUUUAAUAUGUUAAAAAGUCAAAUUCAGGCUAAGAAAGAAGCAAACUUAAAAAAAGGAUCUCAAUCACAAACUUCUACUGAAAAUUUGUAUGAAGUAUCUAGCACAACACCAACAGACGACCCCCUAGGUGAAGCAGCUUUGCCAAAAGAUAGACCUAUGCUGCCCAAACUUCAAAGGAAUGUAAAGACCAAAAAACCUUUAGACAGAAAACCUCUGAGGCCGAAAGCCAGUGAAACAGAAGAUUCCAGUACAGCUCUUCUAAGAUGUGCCGUUUGUCAAACAGAUUUUCCCUCAAAAAAUAAACUAUUUGAACAUUUAAAAAAGACAGGACAUUCUGUGCCACUUCCCCAAACAAGCUUUGCACAAACAAAAAAAGGCAAAAACAUGAUACCUCCUAAAACUAUCAUUGGCCAUAACCUAUCAGAAUAUUUAGUGUCUAUAUGUCCAGUCACUAUCAAACUUCCAGUUAUAAGUAACACUGUUCCGACUAUAAACAAAAAUGCAGCUAAGCUGAUUGCCUUCCAAGGAAUCUUUGGUGGUGGUAGUUCAAACUGA